GUACUCGGCCGGGAGGGGACGAAGUCGCAGAACUCCCGAGAAGGAGGGAGCAACUCCGCCUAGCCUGCUGAAAACACUCGAAAUCACCUUCAAAUCCAGAAACCCAAGCAUUCGGCAAUCCUCUUGACAUUUUUUCAUCUACUGGAAUACCUUUUUUAUUCUUAAUAUAUUAUUCGUGAAGAAAGUAUUCCUACUUUUUUCACUAUUUGCACUAAUAGUACUUCAAAACUACUGAGAAUCCUUAUUCUUAUUUUUAUUUUUCCAAAAAAAACGUUUCAGUGUGUUUGGAAAGAAAGGUCUUCUGCAAGUACCGCACUUUUACCCCUUGCAGCACAUUUCACCUACUUUUGGGUCCUGAAGACAUCAGUUUUGCCAACCACGGCUAAACCAAGAAGACCCAGUAGACAUUCACACUCACGCCCAGUCUCCACUCACCUGGUAAACGUCAGCAGUCCGCUAUGCAGCUUGAAAUCCAAGUAGCUCUCAACUUCAUCAUCUCAUACCUGUACAACAAGCUGCCUAGAAGGCGGGUCAACAUCUUCGGCGAGGAGCUAGAGCGGCAGCUGAAACAGAAAUAUGAGGGUCACUGGUACCCGGACAAGCCAUACAAGGGCUCGGGGUUCAGGUGCAUCCAUGUUGGGGAGAAGGUGGAUCCUGUGGUGGAGAAGGCAGCCAAAGAGAGCGGACUGGACAUCAACGAUGUCCGCAACAACCUUCCACAGGAUCUCAGCGUGUGGAUUGACCCCUAUGAAGUGUCCUACCAAAUCGGGGAGAAGGGACCUGUCAAAGUGCUCUAUGUUGACGACAGCAACGAGACCGCGGCGAGCACCGGGGGCCUCGACCUGGACAAGGAGAUCAAGAACAGUUUUAAUCCAGACGCGCAGGUCUUCAUGCCCAUCAACGAGCCCAUGGGCGGCACCUCCCCGGGCUCCAGCUCGCCCUCUCCUCCUUUCGGCCAUUCGGCGGCGGUCAGCCCCACUUUCAUGCCCCGCUCCACGCAGCCUUUAACCUUCACCACCGCCACCUUCGCCGCCACCAAAUUCGGCUCCACGAAGAUGAAGAGCAGCGGGCGCAACAACAACAACAACGGCACUAACGCCACCAACAAGGCGGCACGUACCUCUCCCACCAACCUGGGACUGAAUGUGAACACUCUCCUGAAGCAGAAAGCCAUCUCCACCUCCAUGCACUCUCUCUACGGGCUGGGCCUGGGAACGCAGCAGCAGCAGCAGGCUAAGCCCUCGGCCUUGUCCCCCAAUGCCAAGGAGUUUGUGUUCCCCAGCCUCCAAGGCCUGAGUACGCAGAGCGCCCUAUUCCCGGGGGACAGCUCACUGGGUCUGGGCCCGCUCCCGUACAGCAACACCUUCGACGUAUUCGCGGCCUACGGCGGCCUUAACGACAAGUCCCUGAUGGACGGCUUGAAUUUCAGCUUGAGCAACAUGCAGUAUUCUAACCAGCAAUUCCAGCCAGUCAUGGCCAACUAGUGCACCGAGUUAGUACUUCAUACAGCAACGACCAGAUAAUGUGACAGCUAGCGGUGGUGGGAGAAGGAGGUAUAAAACGCAAAUGCACACUUAGAGAAAAAGACAAAAAAAAAAAAGAGAACAGAAUGUCAAGGUUAAAAGCAAAAGUGACGUCAACUGUAAGAUCUUAGUCACAAGUCUUAAGAAUAUGAGCCCGAGGGUGAAAUACUUGCCCCCUUGAGUUACAACUUUUCUUUUUACCCUCAGUGGUGACGCUUGUUGUACGAGAUGUCCAAGCUUGGUUACCCAAACUUCAAUGUGCAUUGUUGUUAUUUCAUUUGCCAACCAAGCACAAAAUAUUUUUUUAUGUUACUGUUUAAGAUAUAUUUAAAUGAAAAAGACAAAAACAAAAAAAAAACACCACAAGUCAUGGCCUCUUUCAGUAUUUUGACAGAACUGGACAUUGCCAAUCUUUCAAGAAUUUGGCACAGCUAAGUGGGAUUUUCUGGUCUUUUUUCUAAUUGUAUAAUUUAAUUUAGUACAGAGUUUGUAAAAUAUCAGAGUAUCUAUUGUUUCUACGACACGGUAUUGCAUUUAUAUCUUUUUACUACUCCAGUGAUCUGUGAUGGCUGCAGCAACUUUAUGUUUUCUUUUUUAUUGAAAUUAUAAAAAUGAAUCCAUCUUACAAAAAAAGACAUUGACUAUUCUAAAGAUUGUGUACAGAAUAUUCCGUAGUGGUGGGAUUUAAGAAUAUUUGCUUUUCUGGGGGAAAUAAAACAUAGAGUUGUAUUUUAUGUUAAGAGUAAAAAAGAUUUUUGCUAUAUUAUGGACAAAAUGUAAUCGUAUAUUAAUUUUGUACCUACAUUGUGCAAUACUUGAUAAAACAAAACGGUAUAACAAAGUAUUCGGAGUCAGUGUCUUACAUGUUAACAGGGACUGAUAGUUUAUUAAGUUUGUAUUAAAAGGUUUCAAAAUAAUGACUUGUUUACUUGGGUCUUUGUGGGGAUGUAAAAGCAAACAGGUUGGGUGGAAUAAACAUUUUAUGUUUUUUAAGUACUUUGGAAGAUUUGGGGCAACAUUGAUAGUUACACUUAUUGAAAAAGCCUCACAAACAUGCACAUUUUGAAAUCGGGACCUCUGGCUGAGUGUGAUAAUCUUAACCCAUUGACGGUGCUAGACAUCCAAUUCAUUUUGACUGGAAGUCAAAUUGCAUCGGACGUCUAGCGCUGUCAAUAGCAGUGAAAUAUGGUCACUCAAUGCCAGGUGUCCCAGUUUGAAUAGAAAUGAUCUCUAUCACUAUGCAACAUUUUAGAAGAGACACCCAUGUAGCCAUCAACCUGAAAAUGUGUUGCAAAGCAAAAAAUACAAAAACAUGAGAACUAAUUUUUACUCCGCUUAAUAUAAGGUCAGGGAAAGGAAGAUCCCAUCAGUCUUUAGUAAGGCUCAGACUGGGAAUUUACUGAUCAUUUCUCUUAAACUCACAAUGCAUUUGCAGCAGGAGGCUAUUGAUAAAGGAUUUACAUCGUAAUACUGAUCAAGAUGAGGAUUGUUUGGUGUUGUCGUGGCAUCCCAGUGGGAUAGUGGAUAGCAACUUUUGUUUAGGAUUCGAAAGUGGCUGUCCUUCAUCACUAGUGUGGGUAGUAUCCCACAUACUGUACCAAAAUCAUGCUUUCCAAAGUAACUGAAGACAAAAUGAUCCUCAGUUUCGAAUGGUUGAACCCAAGGGCGUAGGUUUACAUAGGGACGGUAGGUACAAAACACUACCAAAUUUUCAGGUGGCUCAAAUUGUCCCCACCAACUUUUAAGCAACCUUAUUUGAGUUAUAGGUUGUCUUCCCAUAUGUUUGUUUAGGUUGCAAAUGACCCCACCAUUAUUUAGUGAAUUAUUUCAUUAUGUUCAGAAUUACAUGUACCUCUUUUCACUUGCUGAAUGUGCCGGUCCAUUUUUUUCUUCCUAAAUGCACAUUUAAUUGGCUAAUGACUUGACCCAUUCCCACACAAACAUAAAGAUAUUAGGGAUAUUAGAAGGUUUUUUUUAAACCAGGAGCAGCCCCUGUAAGAAAUGUAAAAGGACGUCAAU